CUUUUCAUAGGCAAUGUUUAGAUAAAGGGAUUAGCAGAAACUGCCCUACUUGCCGUCUACCAUUUCAUGCUAGAGAUGUGAAAGACCAUCUACUUGUAUGUAAUUUAGUUGACUUGUGUAAGCAGCUGCGAGAAAUUGUUUUCAAUCCAACUGCAGUAACAAGUGAUGAUGAAGAUAAUACUAAAACUAGAGAAGACCCCAUUUAUUCCUUGUCAUCUAGAAGCACCAAUAACAAAACUGAGGUCAUCAAACCGAUUUCUAUCAAGUCCAGUGAGACUAGUGCUCUCAGCUUGUUUGCACAUGAACUGGAUAAGCAAUCACAGGAAGCUAUUUUUAGCCAAACUCCAGAGAACUUGCCACCAAAAAAACUGAGAUCUUUGGAAAGAAAAAAUAUUUCCAAAGCUGCUAAGGCAAGUUUAUUGCCAAAUGAAAAACCUUGUAUAACUAAGUAUAAAUCAAAAUCCAGCUUGAAACAUUUAAACUUGCUUAAUGCAUCUGAUUCAUCUUUGAGAUGUAGCUUCUCAAGAUUCUCAAAUAAAGGCCGUAAAAGGUCAGCACCAGCCCUUGUGAACUUAGCAUCUCCAGAACCUAAGUCACCACAGACAAAAAAACCCAGGUCCCCUGCCAUUAUGAAGAAAAAUGCUAAAGGAGAGACUCCAUUGCAUGUUGCAGUGAUAAAGAAUAAUCUGGCAAAAGUACAGGUCCUGCUGACUGAAGGAGCUAAUGUAAAUACAAAAGACCAUGCUGGAUGGACACCUUUGCAUGAAGCCUGCAAUCAUGGUUAUGAGAAAAUUGUGAAGGUGCUACUUGACAGUGGUGCACUUAUCAAUACACCAGGAUCUGAGAAUGAUACUGCAUUGCAUGAUGCUGUGAGGAAUGGCAGAAUUGGUUGUGUUAAAUUGUUAGUGUCACGUGGAGCCUGUCAGACUCUCAGGAAUGCCCAUGGAUUAAUGGCUAAAGAUUAUGCCUUCACUGAUGCCAUGAAAGAAGCCUUAACAACUGAUGUGUUGGUUACAUCAUCCACACCUGAGUUACAGUCAUCAACUUGUACAGAUGGUGGACCUAUUUGUAUCCUGGCAACAGCCUUCUCUCGAGAUCUGAAGGUAGAACUGAGGAAGUUGGCAUCUGUGAUAAAUGCAAAAAUUGUAGAUGAUGUCAGUCCUGAAGUUACUCAUGUUGUGAUUGGUGUCAACAAAGAUGGCCUGUGUCCUCGAACUCUGAAGUAUUUGAAAGCUGUUCUUGCUGGAAAAUGGAUUGUUACCCUUGACUGGUUACGUACUUGCGUUGAAUAUGGUUAUCAAGUAUCUGAAGAACCUUUUGAAGUUGCAGGCUCUACCAGCAACCCAUUUUCUUUUGCCCCAUUUAAAGGUCGUAUGAAUAAAUUAAAACAACUACCUCGAUUAUUUGAUGGAUGUCAAUUCUACUUUCAUGGAGCUUUCAACUCACCUGUACCAACCAAAGAAGAGCUGAUGGAUUUAGUUAAGCAAGGAGGUGGUCAUGUGUUGUCUCGAGAACCAAGACUUCAUACACUUGAUGAGCUUAAUUUGACUGUUCCGUAUCAUGCUGUUAACUGUGAUAACAACAUUAGCCAAUGUGGACUGUUUAUUGUAUACGCUGAGAAAACUAAUGAUCUCACCUUUCACCAACACCCUAAACUAUGUACUGUCUCAGUGUCUUGCCUUAUGGAGAGUAUAGCAACCUUCUUUCUGUGUAAACUACAUGGAAUUAUACCUCAGCUUUAAUGGACUCAUCAUCACAACUUUCUACUGUAUUGAGGUUAUACAUGAUGUUUGUCUUAUGAGCUAAAGUUUUUCUGUUGAGCUGUUGAAGUUAUCUGCAAUCAUUUUUUUUAAUGAACAAAAUCUAUCUUCCAAUAUUUUUUUAAUAAACAAAAUCUAUCUUCCAAUAUUUUUUUAAUAAACAAAAUCUAUCUUCCAAUAUUUUUUCAGCUAAACUGAAGCUACUCUACAAUAUUUUUUUACUGAACUGAGUUUACUUUCCAAUAUUUUUCUAACAAACUGAGGAUAUCCCACAGUAUUUUCCGACUGAACUGUGGCUUUCCUUUAAUAUUUUUUUAUUGAUCUGAGACUACACUAUAAUAUUUUUCUAUUAAACGGAUGCCAUCCACUCUUAUAUUUUUUUGUAUUUAUUGAAGUCAAGAGGCAGAAACACAACAAGGUCCAUAUUCUUUGUUAAUUAUAGAUUGAAGGUUUAUAAGUGAUAACUGGAUGAAGAUUCUGUUAAAUUGUUCUAUGUUAUUUAUCUUGAUUACUAAACUUUUUUUUUCAUCUGAAGGAGAGAGCAGGGCUCACAAUCCCUUUAGGUCCUCACAAACUAAAAUAUAGGGAUAACUUUGUUAGGUAUGUAAUAAAACCAAAGGUAUUGCAUUAAGUGCUUUACAAUAAAUUGUUCCUCCCACUAUCUUGUAAGUUCAAAUCCUACCAAGAUCAGUGUUUUGCCUUUCAUUAGUGGUAAAGUGAUAAAGUAACUAUCAGUGCUGUACUAUCAACAUAUCACUCCCAAUUAGUUGUGAUGUAAUAUUUUGAAUGAGACAAUUGAAGUUUGAAAUUGUCUGUAACUGUGCAAAGAUAGCUGAAAUCUGAACUAAUCCUUACAGUUGUGAAUUUUGUAAAAUUAUUUUACACUAUUGUGAUAUUAUAGUUUUUGUUUUAAUAUAUACCAAUGUAUUAUGUUUUGUUUGUUGUAAUAUUUACUGUUUUUCAUACUAGAGAAUGUGUUGUUUUUAUAUAUAUAUAUAAUAAUAUUGACCAUUUGUUUUAAUAUACUGGAGAACGUGUUAUGUGACUUUUUAUGCAGUAAUAUUAACUAUUUGUAGUUUAAUAUAAUGUCUGUUAUCUUGAUUAUUUCCGCAGUAAAUUACUGUCAUUCAAUAGUUCAGUUAAUGUGGCAUAUUUAAUGUAGUCAGCAUCACGUACUUAAUUAGAAAUUAUAUGGUCAAGAAAAGGCAAUGUUUGCUAUUAUAUCUCAGCAAAAAUAGGAGACAACUGUGGACAUUAUUUACAUUUGACGGAUAUUUGUCCUCAUCUUGUUUGUUGUUGACAAAUAUCUGUCAAAUGUAAAUAAUGUACAUAAUUCCUCAUCUCUUAAAUAUAGAACUGAACUGUGGACAUGUUUUCACCUUAUUGGACCCGUUUCAACAAAGCAUACAUUUCAUUAUAUUUUAACUUCAGUGACUUGUUUUUUAAAAUAUGUUUCCACUCAUAUUUGCAUUACUUGUAUAGUGUUGUAUAUAGACUUAAUUGCUUUCUCAUGACUCUGGCAGGGAAGGUAAACUGCUUCACAGAAGAAGUCUAAUAAAACAGUUGUCUCCCAUACUUACCACAAUAAUGAAAAUAGUGUCAUUAAGUUAAUGUUGCC